AUGUUCACGUGUUCUGGUGACUGCACGAGCAGAAACGCUGUCUUCAAUUCUACUUUCACCCGCACUCCUCUUCCGAUGUCCAGCAAACGGAAAUACAGUGUUUUCGUCGUCGUUUUCAGGGGCGAACCCAUGGACUUCUCCAAAUGGAGGCAUACUGGACUAUGGUUGGUACCAGACGAUGAAACCCACAGCUAUUACUUCCAUGUUUGUGGCAUUCCCGGAUCCUUCCAAUACGAGAAGCGCACGAAUUACGACCCUGAGUUUUCGACCAAGUUUGCCGGAAAGAUCCCAGCCGGCGACACAAAGCUCUCAUUGAGUUCGUCUGAGCUUGCCACUCUUUUGGAAUCCGUCGCCGUGAGGAACGACGAUCCUGAGUUCAACUGCCAGCAAUGGGUACAAAAGGCACUUUUGAUGCUCUUCCAAAGAGGCUAUCUCGAUGAAGCGCAAUACAAUGCUGGGCUGGAUGGCAUGAUUGAAACUACAAUGGAGGCAUCGGAUGAGACUUUGGCCUAG